UGAAGUACUUAAAGUUAUUGAUAUUUUAAAAGCUAUUUGCAAAUUUAACAACCGAAAAAAGUCAUGGUUUUCGGUUGUUAAAAAAUUACGAGUUAUUAAUUUUUUUAUCAAAUUCAGUAAUUAACUACUAAGGUUACAAUGUUGAUUAGAUAAGACUAAUUGCAUUUUUAUGUCAUGCAUCUAUUAUCUGUAAGGUUUAAUGAAGUUGUUCAUACAACAUACCAAACUUGGUUGCUUACCAUGGCAGCAAAAUUGCUCUAUUGAUGGAUGAUGCAUUUCUUAGUCAUAAAUAAAUGUAAAAAUUUAAAAGAAUUUGCAUUAUUGACGAUAUUGAUAAAUGGAAUGUUAUGUCCUGGCCGAUAUCGGGCACGGCGGCUAAUGUCGCAAGACACCAGCCAGCUGCGCGGAACAUAAUAUACAAGUGCAAAAUAUGUCAUGCCGAAAUGAAUGCUGUUCUGAACGCAAAGGGUGCUGAUUUAAAAGGUUGCACACUGUAUUUGAACAUGUACCCGUGUGUUGAGUGCUCCAAGAUAAUCACACAGUCGGGAAUAACCACUAUUGUCUAUCUGUUGGAUGAGAAAGCAGAUCAGUGGGUACAAAAACCAAAGUAUAAAAAAGCUAGAGAAUUUGACGCAGAGUUGGAAACCAAAGGCCUUAUUAAAAUACGGAAGUACAAGGCGAAGAAGACACGCCCGAGUAUUCAGAUCAAUUUCAUAUAAUAUAAAUAAACAAAAAUUAAUAGAAGUGAAGCUGGCAUUUUAUACAUAACUAGCUGACCCAGCAAACGCUAAAAAUAUAUCUUAAGUUAACACGUCCAAAUUCCUAGGAUUCAUCAUAGAUAAAAAUUAGACUGGAAACCGCAUGUAAAAGAACUAAAUAAACGGGCAUAGGCUGAUUUACUAUCAGCCUAUGCCCUAUAUUAACUAGCGCCAGUCGUGGACACGGACGCAAUUAUCACUGCUUAUCAUGGCAUUGCAGGCUCUAUACUGAGGUAUGGGGUCAUCUUCUGGGGAAACUCAACAAACCAAAAUAUUAUCUUUAAACAACAAAAGCGAUGCAUCCGAUCAAUGUUUGGGUUAAAAGUUAGCGAUUCAUGUCAGCCUCAUUUUAUAAAAUAUAAUAUUCUUACAUUACCAUCAUUAUACAUAUACGAAACUGCAGUUUUUGUUAAGUGUAACCCUCAUUUAUUCGUUAAUAUGUCGGAAACGAAUCACAGACGUGCGAGCACAGCAGGCGAGAUAAUCAUAGAUUGUGUGUAAGAAAGUCCAAAACCACUCUGAUGCACAAGUGUUUUCUGCAUGGCGCCUAUUAUUUAUAAUCACAUACCUAAUAAAUGCAAA